AUGGCGACGUGCGCCGUCUGCUACGGCGUCAUGGGGCCCUCGGAGGCCGUCUUCACGUCGGAGUGCUCCCACGUCUUCCACCCCAGCUGCGUCUCUGGCCGCUCCGCUUGCCCGUCCUGCUCCAGGUCGUGGUUCCACACGCCGACGUUCACCCCGUCCGGCUACUCGUCCUACUCUGCCCUGCGGCCGCAGCCCGCCCGGAUGCCGAGCAUGUACCACGUCGCUCCGUCGCCGUCGGCGUGCUCAUCCUGCCAGGGCUGGAUCGGCGGCGGCGUCAGCGCCAGCUUCACGCCCGAGUGCCGCCACGCGUUCCACCUCGCCUGUGUCACGGGCUGCGUCUGCCCGGUCUGCAGCACGUUCUGGGCUUACAGCGUGUCGUCGCACGUCUCGCGCACCAAUCCGCCGAGCCGCUACACGCCGCCGCAUCUGCAGUUCCCUGCCGUGUACGACGACGACGAGCCGUUGGAGACUCCGGCGCCGCGCGCCGCCGCGCCGCUUCUGGAAGAUUGGGAUCUCGUCAAUGACGCCGCCGACGGUGGAGGAAAACUCGUGCUCGACACGCACUGCGAGCACGCGGCCGUCUUGAGGGGUAAGACGCACGACAACUUCGUUGUGCUCGUGCACGCCAAGGCUCCCGGCGCCGCCACCGAGGCCGCGGCCACCGCUGCGGUUGAUGAGCCACGCUCGCCCCUCGAUCUGGUCACGGUGCUCGACGUCAGCGGUAGCAUGACAGGCAGCAAGAUCGCGCUGCUGAAGAAGUCCAUGGAGUUCGUCAUCGACCAGCUCGGCCCCGCCGACCGCCUCAGCGUCGUGUCGUUCUCGACCGACGCUCGCCGGGUCAUCCCUCUCACGCGCAUGUCGGACGCCGGGAAGGUCAGGGCCAAGGGCGCCGUGCAGUUGCUCAAGGCCAGCGGUGGAACCAACAUCCUCAAGGGCCUCACCGAGGCCGCCAAGGUGCUCGGCGGCCGCCGUCACAAGAACGCCGUUGCCAGCGUCAUCCUCCUCUCGGACGGCCAGGACACAUACAACCUGGGAAACGGCGGCGGGUACUACCCCUACGAUUCCGUUUCGCAACCUAAAAACUACCGCGAUCUCGUGCCACUUCCCUUGCUCGGCGGCGAAGGCAGCCGGCCGACGCCGAUACACACGUUCGGGUUCGGCACCGACAACGACGCGUGCGCGAUGCACUCGAUCGCGGAGGAGACUGGUGGCACGUACUCCUUCAUCGAGAACCAGGCGGUCGUGCAGGACUCUUUCGCGCAGUGCAUCGGCGGGCUCCUCUCGGUGGCCGUCCAGGAGGCGUGGAUCUCCGUCGACUGCGUUCACCCCGACGUGCGCAUCCAGGCCGUCAAGUCCGGGCGCUACAAGAGCAGCGUACAAGCGUACGGGCGCAAGGCCUCGGUGGAUGUCGGCGAGCUCUACGCGGAGGAGGAGAGGCGCUUCCUGCUGAUGGUGCAAAUCCCAAAAGCUGGCUGCGAGGACGACGUGACGCAGCUCAUGAAGGUGACGUGCACGUACCGCGACACGGCGACCGGGCAGGUGGUGACCGUGGCCGCCGAGGACGUUGCGGUGCAGAGGCCGCUGGAUGUGGCCAAGGACGACCAGAAGCCGAACAUGGAGGUGGCGCGGGAGAAAUUCCGCGUUGAGGCGACGGUGGACAUCGCGGCGGCGCGGGGGGCCGCCGAGCGUGGCGAUCACGCGGAGGCUGCGAGGAUACUGGACCGGCGGCAGAAGGCGCUGCUGCCGGAGCUGUCCGGCGAUGCGAGGUGUGAGGCGCUGGUGCAGGAUCUGCGCGAGCUCAGCGCUCGCGUGGCGACCAGGCAUGAGUACGAAAAGACGGGCCGCGGGUGCCUGCUGAGUGGCCUGAGCUCGCACGUCCAGCAGCGCGCAGCAUCGGCCCUCAUGGUCGGUGCCAUGGCACAUCCAGAGGUCGAAGUCGAAGGCAUAAUGGGAAGAUGA